GGAAAUUUGUUUCUACAGACAACUGUCAAUUUUCAGGAGGUUAGAAUUUUUCUUAUUAUCCACUUAUGAAUCAUGCCCAAAAUAUUUUGCUUGUUUGGCAUCAAAAUCAAUCAUUAUUUAUCAAGCACAAUAAAAACAACUUGACAAUGCAUUUAUAAUGAGGAAAAAAGCUAUGGUUGUUAUCUCACAAAGUAAUAAAUAACCUAAAAUCUUCUCUAUUUGGAAACUUGAUCUCGGAAGUCACGAGAUAGACAAGUGUUUUGGGUUCGAGGCUAUCUGAGUAACCGCCAUUUUCUCUUAUCAUUCUGUAGAAAUCAACCACGGACCGUGGAUCAGGGCAGUGCUUUGGUGUAGAAUUUUUGUGCAAUAUCUUAAAAAAUUGACUCCAAUGUGAAUAUGCCGGUAAGGGUUGAUAUUGUGCCACCACCUCCAGCAAAUUCUAAACAGCCUGGAGUAACAAGAUCUCUUUUAUACAACGGUUCAAGGUUCCAAGGUCAUCAAAAAUCUAAAGGCAACAGCUACGAAGUAGAAGUAGUUUUGCAGCACGUAGAUGAAGAAAACUCUUACCUCUGUGGCUAUCUUAAGAUAAAGGGAUUGACGGAAGAGUUUCCAACUUUAACGACAUUCUUUGAUGGUGAAAUAAUAAGCAAAAAGUAUCCGUUCUUAACGAGAAAGUGGGAUGCUGAUGAAGAUGUCGAUAAAAAACAUUGGAGCAAGUUCCAGUCGUUCUACCAAUACGCCAAGACGUUCAACUGUGACUCGUUCGACUACGCCAGCCUACAGCUGACAGAUUUUGUGUUCAUGCGCUGGAAGGAACACUUCUUAGUUCCGGAUCACACCAUUAAAGACAUCAAUGGCGCAUCAUUCGCUGGCUUCUACUACAUCUGCUUCCAGAAGUCGGCUGCCACCAUUGAGGGGUACUACUACCAUCGAAGCAGUGAAUGGUACCAAUCUCUAACCCUGAGCCAUGUGCCCGAACACAGCACGCAAAUCUACGAGUUCAGGUGAAUCGCGCUCGCCAGCGAACGUGUGCGUGCGUGUGUGAGUGAGUGUGUGUACCACGUGAUUGAACUCUCAUAUAUGACACUUUUGUUGCGGUUUACACGCUUCAAACAAGUGACGACAACAUGUUAUUGCAACUAGUUGCAACCGUUCGAAAAGUUGCGCAACCCUGUUGCGCGAUUUCUCAGUCGUUCUGUGUAUCAACAUCUCCUGUUGAGCACAAAACGAUGUGAAAACCCGGAACCGAGUUAAUAUUGCUCGUUAGAAAAUAUGUGAAAACCCGGAAUCGAGUCAAUAUUACUCGUUAUUUUUUAAACGUGUGAUUUUUUUACAAAUCGCCACCUCCGUAUCUCAGUAUCACUGUGCUCAGUUUUAAAUUGUACCUAUUUUAUCUUACUUGUUCAAUUGUAAUUUUUGUAAAAUUUACUUUUAUUAUGCAUCGAUGCGCGCGUCCAUAUUUAGUGUUUUUAUUUACUGUCUAGUUAUUUGAUAUAUUAUAUUUAUAUACAAUAUAAUACAUUGAUGCUGG